GUAGGGUACUCAAAAGAGUUCAGUGAAGCAUCUGGGAGCAAAACACCAGCUAGCUUAAUUUCAUUGAAGAGCAGGGAGCAGAGGAGGCUAACAGACGGAGCAGACAGUUACAUAUCUGUGAAUAGGCAGCCAUAAUGAAUCCAGUGUACAGCCCCGCACCUACAGGGGUCCCCUUCACCAACACUAAAGGUCUAGGAUACCCUGCUGGAUUUCCUGUUGGUUAUGCUACAGCAGCUCCUGCUUACAAUCCUAACGUCUACGCCGGAGCAAACCCCGCCUUCCCAAGUGGUUAUGCUCCAGGUACUCCUUUCAAAAUGUCCUGCUCCCCCAACACAGGGACUGUCCCCCCUUACUCUUCCUCCCCAAGCCCUUACCCUGCUGCUGUGUACCCUGUGAGGAGCACCUACCCCCAACAGAGCCCUUAUGCACAGGCACUAAUACCAUCUCAACAGCAGGGCACUUACUACACACAGCCUCUGUACGCUGCUCCGCCUCACGUCAUCCACCACACAACGGUGGUCCAGCCCAAUGGGAUGCCUGCAGCCAUGUAUGCCCCGCCCAUUGCACCGCCUCGACCCAAUGGUGUUGCCAUGGGGAUGGUAGCUGGCACCACCAUGGCCAUGUCAGCUGGAACUUUGUUGACGACUCCCUCGCCAGCACCUGUUGCCCCCCACCAAGUCACGAUGCCCACAUACCGGCCUCCAGGAACCCCCAGCUACAGCUACGUGCCCCCCCAGUGGUGAAGAGAGGGAGGACUCUGAUGGUAGAUAUGCAUUCACACUCUCCUCCAGUGUUUGUUGCUCUCGGUGAGGACGGCUCUGCCAGCGUCUGCACCUCUUAAUCUUCUUCCAGCAUAAUGUGAAUCUAAACCAACUACAUUCAGACAGGAGGGGGUUAACAAUACCCCCCACCCCAUAACCCCACCUCCCCCUUCAGCGCCAGCACCUCCACCACCUGCUGCAUCUCUCACCUCCAACAGCAAAGCCUCCAUGUGGACUGUCUGCAGGUUUUUAUAGCUUCAUCAGAGAAAAGGGAGUUUGAAUUCUUCUUUUUAUGUUGUUUUUUAUUUUUUGGAUACAUAUGAUGUUGAAUGCAUGUGUAUAUAUCAAUAUAUGAAGUAAUGCUAGCUCAAUCUACCUGCUGUGACAGAUGCAAACUAAAGGCACACAUCCAAAGGAAAUAAAUAGUAAUAAUCUGCAGAGCUGAGUCAGUGAGCGUGUCAACAAACGUUUGUUCAUGCAAAAACUUGUACAAACAUACACAAACCCACACAUAAACACGUGUGCAGGACAAACUGUGCUACAUUCACGGCUUUGUUUUCAAUAAGUGAUAAUUUUUUUAUUAUUUCUCUCAGUGAUGCAGUGUUUGCAUUUUGUCUUACCAUGUCUGUAUUUUCGGAAGAGGAUUCAUUCCAGCUCUUGAUCAUUCUCAGUGUUUUAUUUUCCUUGUCAGACAUUUUAGAGAAAGAAUGUCGACUUCUCCAAAAGUGUGAAGCAGCUCUUGUUACACAUUUUUGGGUGAUAUCAAUCAUUAAAGUUAUUUUAUCUGAAAGUAUUUUUGGUGGAGAAUAAGGAGAGGAAAGUGUCUGAAAGCAUUUGCACCCAAUGAAAUAAAUGAAUGAAUGCGUGUAUGGAUGUGUGUGUGCUUAAGAUUAAAAUAGAAACCAUUAAAAAUGGUGCCAUAUAGUGCGUCAUGCCUAGAAUAUCUGACUUGCAUAAUAAUCUGUUGUUUGUCGGGUCUGAAGCACUACAUCAUAAAAUCUCUGCUAACUGUGGAAACAUGUUAAAACAUGAAACUAUUUGUGAAUAGCACUACUGAAGCAGGCACUAACUCAGACUUCAUCGCUCGCUGUUUUACCUCGAGGCUCCAGGCUGAACUUUAUUAUAUCACAUCUACAGACAUGCUCUUCAUUGUCACCUCAGUUCAAUAAUCUGUUUUGUAAAUGUUAUUUUUGUGAUUUUGGUUCUUGUUUUGUAUUCUUAAGAAAGACCAAAAAUAAAAACAAAUAUAAGAAGA